GCGAGUUUUGUGGCGUCCGGUUGGUUUUUCCGUUAUUCGCUGCGUCGCUGCGUUCUCCUCGUUCGUUUUGUUCCUCCACGUUUUUGGCGUCGUCGUACGUUUACGUGUCCCGCUCUCUCUCUCUCUCUCGCUCUCCGUCUCUGCCUCUGCCACUCUCUACCCCACUCUCGGCUGGCGCGCGGCUCUCGCGCGUGCCCAAGUGUGUGCUGUGCGGUGUGUCUGUGUGUGCGUGCUUGCUGGUUGGCUUGUUGGUGGAGCAGCGCAGCGCAAUAGAAAACAUUAGUGAAUUUUUUUUCGGGUGAAGCGCUCUGUGAAAAAUGCGUGCGCGCGUGUGUGUGUGCGUGUGCGAAAAUCAAUAUGAAAACAUGAAUAACAAAAGCUAAGGCAAACAACAACAACAACAGCAGCAGCGACGGCACAAAGGCACAGAAAUACAGCAAAGCUAAAGGCGAGAAGCAAGAACAGUUAGCCCAAGCCAUUCCAGUGAGUGCAGCAGCAGCAGCAGCACCAGGAGAUUUCCAGCAGAGAUCCCAGCGAAGCACCAGCAGCGGCAGGUUCCAGUUUCCAGCUUCCAGCGCAGGGCAGGUUCCCACUGUUCCCAGAGCGUUCCACACACACACACACGCACGAUGUCGCUGCAAACGAAACGGCAGCACUGCUAUCUGUGCGACCUGCCCCGCAUGCCCUGGGCCAUGAUCAAUGACUUCUCGGAGGCGGUGUGCCGCGGCUGCGUCAACUACGAGGGCGCCGAUCGCAUCGAGGCGGUGCUGGACGCCGCCCGCCAAAUGAAGCGCCUCCAUCCCGCCAGCAAACAGCAGCGUUCCCAUGAGAACGGCGAGGUCUCUGCCGCCGCCGCCGCCGCCGCUGCAGCGGUGGCCCUCCAGCAGCAGCAGCAACAACAGUUACAAGUGGGCCCCGUUCCAGGCCCAGGGCCGGGCUCCCAUCGCAGCGGUGCCGGCGGCGGCGGUGGUGGUGGUGGCGGGGGCGGCGGUAAUCCUCCCGGCGGCGGCGUUCCAGGACCCUCGGGCGCGGGCGGUCCACUCGGCUCGCUGGGCAGCGCUGUGGCCGCAGCUGCCGCCGCCGCCGCCGUCCACCAUCAUCAUCAGAUGCCCUAUCAAAUGCCCGUGCCGCGCAUCGGUCCGCCCCUGGAGUACCCCGUCAAGCUGGAGGAUCCCCCCGGCGGCGGCGUGCGACCCGUUCGCAUCUCCCACAUGGCACCGCUCCACCUGCGCGGCGGCGGCGGGGGCGGCGGCGUGCCCACAGCGGGCGGCGGCGGACCCGGCAGCAAUUUACCGCCCGCCCUGUCCGUCAACCUGAAGCGGCCGCCCAGCGAGGACGUCGAUGUGGAUGUCAGCCAGCAGCAACAGCAGUCGGGGCACGGCCUGCCGCCCGAUGGCGUCUCCGCCGCCUCCGUGGUGGGCGGCGUGGCCGGCGGCGGCCCGCCCGGCAUCAAGCGCAGCGCCAUGGAGGAUCCCACGGGCGGAGGCGGGCGGCCGCCCUUGACGCGCGGCGAGUCCCUGCCCGCGGCGGUCAGCUAUGUGCCCGAGCGGCAGCUGAGCGGUCUCAGGGACAAGCAGCAGCCCGUCAGAGCGCCCAGCUUUGAUGCGUCGACCUUCAAAGCAGAGCACAUGUCCCCGGCCAGUCGACGCAAUGGAUCGAGCCCGCCCUCGGGACCGCUGCCCCCGCGCAGCGUACACUCGCCGAACAGUUCGGGUUCCUCGUCGGGACGUCGCUCAUCCGGAUCCCGUCACGUGUCCAGCACCACCGUCACCAGCUCCGAGGUGGGCGGCUCCAAUCCCGGCCAGGCGGUGGUGGCCGGCGGCCUUGGAGGCGGUGGCGGAGGAGGAGGACCCGGCUCGAAUGCCGCCAGCGGACCCCUUGGCGGACCGAACGGCGGCAGUGGCCAGCUGAGCUGCACCAGCGGCGGUCCGGGCGGACCCGGUGCCAGCUCCGGAGGCGGCGGCAACGGAGCCAUAGGCCCGGCCUCGAUGGCGCCCAACUCGGUGGGCGGCGAUGGCAGUCCAGCCGGCGGCAAUGGGCCCUCCGGCAGCAAUGGCAGCGGCGGAUCCGUGAAUCCCGGUCCCGGCAGCAGUGGCAGCCAGGGCGGCGGCGGCACACCGCUGGCCAGCGGCGGCGGAUCGGCGGGCAGCGGCGGCCUGGGCGGAGCUCCCGGCAGCAGUGCCGCCUCCAAUUCGGCAGCUGCGGCGGCGGCGGCCGCUGCCCAGAACGCCACGCUCAAGUGCACCCUGUGCCAGGAGCGGCUGGAGGACACGCACUUCGUGCAGUGCCCCUCGGUGAACCACCACAAGUUCUGCUUUCCCUGCAGCCGCGAGAGCAUCAAGCGACAGAAUGGUCUGGGCAACGAGGUGUACUGCCCCAGCGGCGACCGCUGUCCGUUGGCCAACUCGGUGAUACCGUGGGCCUUCAUGCAGGGCGAGAUCACCACCAUCCUGGGCGAGGAGGUCAAGGUGAAGAAGGAGCGCGAGUCUUAAUGUCCAUUUUACUGUAAGAAGCUGCGCAGGGCUUUGGAGCACUUUUGAGGGGCGGAGGCGAGCACUCCCCGGAUGAUAGCUGAAUAUCUGGCAUCUGGCAUCCGGCACCUGGCAUCUCGGCAUCUUGGCAUCUUGGCAUCCCACUCCCGGUUGGGUCACUUGGUUUAAGGAUUCGGAGGAUUUAGAAGGAUUUUUUUGGCCACGGCGGCGGCAUUUCAACAGCAGCAGACAUGAAUGCAAUGCUCUGUAUUUGUCCAUGACGACCGACCAAGCAACAACAACAGCAACAGCAAAACCACAAUUUUGUAGGCGUAAGCAACAGCAACAAACAAAAACAAAAAACGAUAAUGAAAAAUGCAAUUUGUUAAGAAGAAAGUGAAGACACCAAAACGCAAACUGUAGCGAGAGCGUUCAGAUCCAACAUUUUUGUAGCAUACCUCUAGACGGGCGUUGGAAAAUUUGUCCAAAAAUAAUGAGAAAUACGAACACCAAGCAACACGAAACUUCUACAGAAAUGCAUACGUAGCCAAGUGAAAAGCAAAAGAUUUUCGAACCAGGGAGAGGAACUUGAAAUAUUUCUUAAUAACAAAAGCAGUAACACUAAAAUCAACCUAAUUGUAGCGAAGGAAAGCGGCAAAUCACAAACGGAAUACACACUUGCUGGCAUUAGAUAUAUGGAAUCCUUUUUUUUAAUACGAUUAUACAUAAAACCCUAUAUACUAUACGAUAACUAUAGAUUCUGUUAUGUAGGCGAGCGAUUAAUGCAUAAGUUACAUUUAGUUUGUACUAAUUAAUUAAUUUAUUUCUAUACAUGUUGCCUAAUUUACAAUCUACUCUUUACCCUCCUUCCCUCACAAUUACCCCACGUUUUUUUAAUAUUAUUUUUAUUUUUAUAAAUACCACAUUUUUUUUUCGUAAGUUUAACUAAUUUAAAACAAAAACACAAUGGAAAAAUAAGCGAAUGGAAAAGAAAGAGAGAAAAACAGUUAUUAUGCUAAAGAAAAUGUACAUACGUAUGCAUACCACAUAAUCGGAAUAUAAAUAUAUACAUAUAUUUAAUAAUAUAGAAAUAUAUUUGAUGUUGAACACGAAAUUGGCGGCAGACAACAGACAAACAAACAGCAACUGGCAACACCCCCGACACGGAGUUGCAGUGGAAUUUUAAACGAGACUUUUUAACCACAGCGAAUCGAAUGCCAUUCGCUCAGUGUGAAAUUUUAGCCACAUUUUUGUGUUUUUGGCCAAGGGAGCUCUGGGCGCUAGAUUGGCAAGAUUGGCAAAUGUUUUUUAGCCAUAUGUAUCGCUGUGGCUGGGGCAAGAACUGCUACAGGAAACUCACACACCGGACCAACCAGUCGAACAGAAAGCACAGGAAAUCUCGCUUUGGGUUUGGAAAUGGCCAGCAAUACAUCUUUUUUGCCUGCGUCCAAGGGCGACGCGAUUUGGGACUGCCAAUUGUCCUCUUUGCAGUUCCAACUCGAAACUAAUUUACAAAAACGGUCUACUAGAGGGUUUUUUUUACUAGGCACGAAAGAAGAGUAUUUAAAUAAAAAAAUGAUAAAAGUCAAGCGAAUCAGUCAUCAAAUGCAAUUUAUAUACCCGAAAAUCAGACGUAGGUAUAUAUAACUAGAGGCACAUUGAGCCAGGCGAAUUCUUGCUAUUCACUUCGACGUUUAAGAGUUCGAUAAACUAAAAAAGUAGAUUUUAUUUGAGCAUAAAAUCGAUCUUUACUAUCUUUAUUUUACCUCGUAUAGUUCCAAAACAUAUUACUUCCAAUCUGUAUAUAAUUUGGGAGCAUUCGUUUUUCUGAUCUACAUUUAAUUGGAAUUUGGUUUCGAUAGCGAAAUGAUGCUUUUUAUCAAUAGAAGCAUUAAACAAUCGGUUUUAUCGAUGACACAAUAAAGUUGAAUAAAUAAAAAUCGUAGACUUCGUUUGAAUUUAUUAAAUGUAUUAUACAAUACGAUUAUAAUUUAAUUAUUUGUUUGAACAUUUUCCCAUUUAUUAAGUAGAUCAGUUCGAUCUAAUUUGGUUGACUCGGUUUUUUGAUCAAUAGCUUAAUUGGAAAAUGUUAUCGAUAGCGAAAUUUUGCACUAUUUCGAUAAAAGCGAUGAUUAUCUAUUACAAAGUGCGACCAAUGAAAAUAGUACAUUUAUUACAAAUUUCUUAAGUUUUUUUUUAAUAUGAUCUGUACUUUAUUUGGUAUUGUUCCAAAACAUAUUCCCUUUUAUUGACUAGAAAAAUUCGGUGUAGAAUACUUGAUUUGGAGGCACUUCGGUUUUCUGAUCGACAAUCUAAUUGGAAAAUUGUAUCGAUAGCGAGAUGUUGCACUAUUUCGAUAAAAGCAUUGAUCACCUGCUGUUAUCGAUAACACAAAAUUUGCACGAAAUCGAUAGAAACGCAAAAGUAAGUGAAAAGAAAACUAACUAAGGAGGUUUGCGUAUAUAUUUUAAUCUAUAAUUCUCCAUUUACCAUGAUUUCUUAAAUCAAUCAUACCCUUCCCUUCCUCCCUUAAUCCAACACUUUUUGAUUUCCUUUCGAGCGUAAGAGCAGUUGCAAGAAAAACAAAAAAUAAAGAAAAACACAUUUUGUGAUAUAGCCUAGCAAGAACAGCAAGAAAAAGAGCGUGAGAUCCUGGAAAUCGGAAAAACGAAAAUGGAAAAUGCAUGAAAAGCAAAGAAACUAAGAAAAUUGAAAGGCUCAGCACUUCGGCCGACCAGAAAACGAUCUCACUUUCUCAAGAAUGAGGUUCGCAAUUGAAAAAAUAAUAAAGAAACAAAAGAAAACCAAUUUAUAAUGAAAUCAUACAAUAGGCCAAUACCAACGUUUUAGCAAUCUAAGUCUAAGAAGGAAACUAAUCGAAAUUUUCUUUACAAAACUAAACUAAACAAUAACUAACGUUUGUAAACCUUGUGCGUGUGUGUGUAAAACAGUAGUGCUAUCUAAAUAUAAUACCGAUCAGAUAUCGCAUUAUGCAUCAAACCUUAUACAAGUACGAGUACAUACAUAUUAAAAAGAAAACCAAAAAAAAAAAGAAACGAAAGGAAUAUAACUAUAUUUGUGUGUUUGAUGUCAGUCAACUAAAUGUUAAAGUCAACUAACGAUCACGUAAUUGUAUUGCAUAGCCUACAACAUUUUUUGAACGAAGCAAACCAAGUCGAUUCGAAUUAGCAUGAGUAUCAACUUUAUACUACAUAUACACUUAACGACUAAAGAUAGACAUGUGGUGCGACUAGGAGGCGAGGAGGAGCGGCAACCACGAACACGAAAACGAUUACCAAAUCGGAGGCGGAAGCUGGAAGCGAUUAAUUGAUUGAUUUAUUAAUUGAUUGGAUACUUUGAUGACGGGCAAAACAAUUAAAAAUACUAUACAAAAUCGAAAAA